AACGAUUCAAGGGUUGUGGCAUAUGACACGGUAGUUUGAAUGAUCACGGUUGUGUUUUGCGGAUCAGUUUGCAAGCGAUGAAUACGUUUAUGUGUGUAAUUUCUCGGAAACCGUUUAGCAGUAGUGUAUUGUUGCCUAAGACCAGCUUUCCGCUUCGCGUAAGUUCCAAACAACGAAAGGAAAGAGACUUAUGGAUUAUGAAGACAGCCUCAUUUGAUCAACUGUAUCAGUGGCAAAGAAAGAAUUCACAGGCUGAAGAUGAAUUUGUUUUACAUGAUGGCCCUCCAUAUGCAAAUGGAAAACCACAUAUGGGUCAUGCCUUGAACAAAAUUCUAAAAGAUAUACUGUUACGUUACAACCUGCUUUCUGGGAAGAUGGUACAUUAUGUUCCAGGUUGGGAUUGCCAUGGUCUGCCCAUUGAGUUGAAAGCUUUGGAAGCAUAUGACACACAGAAAUCAAGUGGGUUAGAAAUUCGUCAGAAAGCUAAAAUGUUUGCAUUGGACACCAUAAAAUUUCAGAAAGCAGCCUUUUCACGUUGGGGAGUGAUGGCAGAUUGGAAUAACAAUUGCUACUUCACAUUUUCCCCAAGAUAUGUCACUUCACAGCUUAAACUGUUCUGUGAUCUUUAUGAUAAAGGACUUGUUUACAGAGACUACAAGCCAGUAUACUGGUCCCCAUCUGCAAGGACUGCUCUUGCGGAAUCCGAAUUGGAAUACAACUUGAACCAUGUUAGCACAUCUGUUUACCUGAAAUUGGUUCUACACACACCAUUGCCUGAAUGCAUAAUCGAUGUUUCCAAAAACGCACCUGUUUACCUAGUAGUAUGGACUACCACACCAUGGACAUUACCAGCUAAUCAAGCUGUCUGUUUUCAUCCAGACAUAAAGUACUGCCUUGUGAGGUGUAAAUCCAAAGUGGAUCAUGAGUACUUGGUUAUUGCACUAGAGCUCCAUCAGUCUCUUCAGCAGCUAUUGUCGUGUGAGUUAACUGUGGUCAAGGAAUUUUAUGGAAAAGAACUGCAGGGACACUUCUAUUUACAUCCUAUUCAGAAAAGCAAAAAAUUGCCAUUACUACCCUCUGAACAUGUAACUGUGAAAAAGGGAACAGGUCUUGUGCAUACUGCUCCAGCCCAUGGUCCUGAUGACUUUCUUGUAGCAUUGGAGCAUAAACUGCCGAUCUUGAAUUUAGUUGAUGAAGAAGGGAGGUAUUCCGCAGAUGCUGGAAGUGAUCUAGCUGGAUAUAGCGUCUUAGACAAGGGUCAAGAUGUUGUGUUAAGACUAUUAGGGAGCGAUGUAAUCUUCCUAGAAAAUUUUAGGCAUAGUUAUCCUUACGAUUGGCGAACAAAGCAGCCGGUGAUUCUGAGAGCUAGUCUUCAAUGGUUUAUCGAUACAGAAAAAAUUAAAACUGCAGCAAUAGAGGCUAUGAAGCGCGUUGUGGUGUUUCCCGCCAAUUUCGAAAAAACGAUGCUCAAUCAGUUGGCAAGUAGACCAUACUGGUGCAUCUCGAGGCAACGUUCCUGGGGAGUUCCUAUUCCAGUUUUCUACAAUUCGUCGUUGCCUACAAAAAAUGCCAUUUUGCACAGGGGUGCUGUCGAAAGACUCUGUGAACUCAUAAUGAAGAACGGGAUUGACCAAUGGUGGCUGCAGAGUGCGGAAGAUUUGAUUGGAAGUGAAAUCAUGAAAGAGUUGCAGUUGCUUCCUGGUCACGUAUUUAAAGGCAUGGAUAUUAUGGACAUUUGGUUUGACAGUGGAGUCUCGUGGAAUUCCGUUUUGCCUAAGGGCAAACAAGCGGAUUUAUAUUUAGAAGGCAUUGAUCAAUUUGGAGGAUGGUUUCAAUCAUCUCUAUUGACUUCGGUUGCAUCCCGUGACCACGCUCCCUACAAGAAUAUAUUUGUACACGGCUUCGUCUUAGACCAUGAGGGACGCAAGAUGUCUAAAUCUUUAGGUAACGUAAUGGAUCCCCUUUCAGUUGUUGACGGUGAUGGGAACCAACCUGCUGUUGGUAUCGAUGCGUUGCGCUGGUGGGUUGCUAGUCAUGUGUCUGGAAACGGUAGUAACGUGUCAGUUAGUAACCAAUUGAUACAACAAGCCUCAGACGAUGUACAAAAGAUCCGUUCAGUUCUGCGAUUCAUCCUGGGAAAUCUUCAUGGUGUCACUGACUUUCAAUUGCAACAAACCGAUUGGAAAAAUUUGAGUUUCGUUGACCUUUACAUGCUUCACCUCUUAACUGACUUCGUUGAAACGACGUUUUCGGCGUACCGUGAACUUAAUUUCCGAAAGGUCACAAGUUUGCUUUCGUACUUCGUCAGUAAUAACGUUUCGGCAUUUUAUUGCAACAUAGUGAGAGGACGCCUUUAUUGCGACAGUAUGAUGAGCAAGAGAAGACUUUCUGCCCUAUAUGUACUGAGUGAGAUUCUGGAUCAAGUCACAUUAAUAAGUGCACCAAUUCUUCCACACUUGACAGAAGAAAUUGAAAUAUAUCAUCCUUGGCGUGCAGAUAAAGGAGGAUUGUUCCGUAACCGUAGGUUCGCGGAUAUGAGAAACUUCCAGUCUCCAGAUGUUUUUGAGUGCCUUAAACCGUCGUUAUCCAUACGCAAUGCGGUUAACAAAUCCAUUGGCCAGUUAAACACUCAUGAAUGGAAUGUGAAGAUCACGGCUUUUGAUUCUCGAGAUCAGCGGCUCUUGCAAAAACUGCAAUUGGAAGAGAGUGAUGAAAAUUCCGAAUUGUGCGAGCUUCUUCAAGUAUCAACAGUGACCUUACUUGGCAAAAGCGUCUCGAAUCCCGUAGCCGAAGAGCAAGAGACUGUUUUCGCUAACGAGGACAAUUUGAAGAUAACGGCAUGUCAUUCUUCUGGUCCUAUUCAAAUAACUUUGUCUAAAACGCAACUAGCAACUUGCCCCCGCUGUAGAAGAUAUAUCUCGACCGAUGGCAAAUUGUGUCACCUAUGCUUAGUAGUUGCUGCUGAGUAAAGUGUUCAAAAUACAUUAGAAUCAAUUCC